AUGAAAGCUUGCACUGAAUUGCAGGAGUUAAGAUUAGGUAUGGCUAUACACUCACAGAUUAUACUCAAUGGGGUGAACCCAUCAAAUUCUCUACAAUUCUCUGCUAACCUUGUAUUGAAUGAGCAAGCUUCAAAAGCUCUUGACCUCUUUAAUUUCAUGUUAAUGGCAAGAAUCCAGCGGACUAUUCAUGGGCCAAGCUACUAUAACUGCCCUUUUGCUGCUAGCACCUUGAUAUGUGCCUAUUGUGAGAUUUUAGCAAUAGAUUUAGCAAGGAAGAUUUUUGAUCGGUUAUCUGAUAAGAAUGUAGAGGCUGUUGAGAAAUCACCAUUGAUCUUGUCCAAUGCGCUAAUUGCUAUGUACACGAGGUGUGACGGGAUUGAAAUUUCUAGGAAAAUUUUCGAUGGGAUGGUUGAAAGAGAUUUGGUUUCAUGGAACACAAUGGUAUCGGCAUCUGUGCAAAAUGGGUUUGAUCUGGAAGGUUUAAAGCCUGUUCGAGAAAUGCUAAGGCUUGGGUUCCAUCCUUACUCCAUCACUGUCACAGCCUUAACGUCUGCAAGCUCGAAUUUAAGAGAUUCAAGGCGUGGGAAGCAAACCCAUGCUUAUAUUUUAAGGAAUGGAGUUGAACCUUAA